AUGGCCCUAAGAUUUCUCCAGGCAAAUCUUAAUCAUUGCGCCAGAGCCCAAGAUCUAUUUACCCAAAGCCUGGCGCAGUGGUCGAUUGAUCUCGCUGUCGCAUCGGAGCCGUACCUGGUUCCAGAUAGAAACAAUUGGGUGGGGGACCUUGAAGAUCUAGUCGCGAUAUACGCAGGCGGCAACCCCCCAAUUGUUUCUACCAGGAGAGGAAGAGGUUGUGUAGGCGUGAAAGUGGCCGGCAUAGUCGUCGUCGGAGUCUAUUUCUCUCCCAACCGCUCGUUACCUGAAUUCGAGGCGUAUCUUGAUGAAGUCAGCGCUAUGGUGAGAUGGGGAAGACCGCUCGAGGUUGUCGUGGCGGGGGAUUUAAAUGCCAAAUCCAGGGCCUGGGGAUCCUCCGUCUCCGACAGCCGCGGCGAGGCACUUAUAUCGUGGAUAGCGCAGCACAAUCUCGCGCCACUCAACACGGGCUCCACACACACCUGUGUGCGCAUGCAGGGCGGGUCCGUCGUAGAUAUCACCCUUGCGAGUCCCGCCCUGGCAUGUCGCGUGCAGGACUGGGAAGUGCUGACCGAGGUGGAGACUUUGUCGGACCACCGCUACAUUCGGUUCGACAUUCUCCCCUCGUCAGCACCCCCGACCAGUCGGAACAUCGCAAUCCCCCCAGAGAUCGGGCAGAUGUGGUCCCUGAGAUCUCUGGACCGAGAGACAGCAGAACUCGCCGCCAUAGUGGGGACGUGGUCCCACCGAAUGGAGGACAAAUGUGUCGACGACGGCGUGCAAUGGGUUGGCGGAGUACUGGCGCACGUUUCGGACUGCGCCAUGGCCAAAGUUCGGCCGUCACCGCGGCGAUCGAACCGAGUGUACUGGUGGUCGGACAAUCUUUCGCAGUUGCGCUCAGCCUGCGUGCUUGCCCGCCGCCGGUACACUCGAUACAGAAGAAGGCGCCCUGGAUGGGACGAGUCUGAGGAGCGGUGUCUCUACACUACAUACCAAGAGGCUAAGAAGACCCUGCGGU